AUGGUAAAUGUUCAUUCUCCCACCUACCGAGAAGCUAUCAACCAUACUGAUGACAGCGCAAAGCCUCCCGUAACAGGCUCACCAGAUGCUAAGAGGCAUGCUGGUCUAGACUUCACAAAUAUUAGUUUGAACAGGGUAGAUCUUGUCAUCGUCACGAGCGAAACUGUAUCCAAAAAGUCACUCACCGAAUACACGCAUGACGUUGGCCACAAUGGACUCAAGGAAUUCCUUUCGAUCGACCUUCCCCAAGCACGCAUAAUACCUUGCGAACUCAACCUACAGGACAAUCUGGACGGAGACUUGAGCUACCCCGCCACCAAGCUCUUGAAGAUUGUUCUGGAGGCGCGGCGGACCGACCCAUAUCGCCCCAUCAUCUUCAUUGCACACAGUCUUUCGGGAGUGGUGGCAAAGCUUGCACUACUGCUGGCUUCGAAGAACCCCGAGUUCCAUCCCAUAGCGGAUUCAACUCGAGGAAUCGCUUUCUUCGGGACACCUCAAAGAGAGGCAAUCUAUGAUGAAGAACUGCGGGAAUUGCUUGCCGGCGAGACAUUUCGGGCACCCUUGAAACUGGGAAGCAAAGAUGUGUGUACUGACUCUGGAUCUGUUUUCAGCAUGCAGAGUCGCGGUCGGCUUGCUUUAUCCUUGGAUUCGUUGCAUGUAGCUUGGGUCAACAUCUAUGCAAAGCAGUUGCGAGUCGCUUCUUUCUAUGAGACUAUAGCACCAGUAGUACCUUUCAAAAUUGCAGUUCUUGGACUGGCUGGAGAAAGCAUAGUUGCUUUGAACACCAGCCACAACAAGCUUUUGCAUGUCGACUCACGAAAUGAUAAAUCAUAUCGGAGAAUUAGAGACAGACUUGCAUGGAUGCUAAAUGAGGCCCUCGAAUCAGACGCGUCUCGAAGGUACAUUGGAUUUGACGGUGUCAAGCUGCUUGAGCGUUUAUGGCCUGGUGAGCUCGUCUCAUGUGAAUACAAAAAGCCUUUGCCAGCCAUAGGAACCUCGAGUUGGUUCCUGUCGCAUUCUUCCUACAGAGCAUGGCUUGAUACAAAGGACAGUGGGCUUUUCUGGUUGAAAGGGAAGCCCGGCGCCGGAAAGUCGACGCUCAUGAGGUUCCUUACGCGAGACCUACGCGGCCAUCAUCAAGAUGUCGCUGACACAUCAUCUCAAUACUACAAGAGGCAGUCGCCGUCAGCCAUCGUAUGUAGUUAUUUCGUUGAUUACACAGCACCUCCCAGAAGCUCGGAGCUCAUAUUGCGCUCCUUGGUGCAUCAAGUCCUUGCACGCCAGCCUUCCUUGAUGCAAUUCGUACCAGCAAGCUUGAAGCAACACCAGUAUUGGAAGGAUGACUCUGAUUUCUCGCUAUCGGCGACCCUUCAUCAUUUGUCCAGCCACAACAGAAUAAUCAUCCUCAUCGAUGGAUUGGAUGAGGCCAACGAGAUUAUUCAGCACAACCUCAUUAGUGCUCUAUGUCAGCUCAAGCAGCCACAACGUCUCGAUCGGACAAAGGCUCCAACAGUCAACAAUUCUCCAAACCCAACAACUCAAACUCAGUUGAAAAUAGGGAUCAGUUCUCGAAGAUAUUUGUCCGAUAUUGGGCUCGAUGAGGAUCUUCAAUGCUACUACGUUGAUCUUUCACUCGGCGAUGCGGCGAAAGGUCUGAAGGAAGACGCUUGGGUCAUUCUUGAGAGCCGCUUACAUCUUGGCCAAACGGAGACUCCUGAAGUUUUGACGCCGAUCCUAGAACAGCUUGCAUCGAAACAGGACACCGCAGGUAUACUGCUGUGGGCGCAAGUUAUCGUAAAAGCAAUUACUUCCUCAUUUGGUGGAGCAACCGGUGGCUACUUUCCGAACUCCAAACAUAUGGAACAACGCAAUCAACACGACUUCGCUGCUCUUCUAUUAAGUGGUCCACGGAGUCAAGCAUUGGUGGAAAACAUUGCAGGCCUUCCCAAGCAGCUCUCGAGCCUAUACCAAUCCUGUUUGGAUCGUCACGAUGAUCAGGUCAAAUCUGUGGCACAUCAAGCUCUCAAGUGGAUUCUCGUUGCGCAGAAACCCUUGACUUUAGUCGAGCUGAGUGACGUUCUCACGCCUCGCAGUCCCCGGCAUCUCAAGGCGUCAACGGACUAUUCAUCUCAAGAGAUGCUCCACAAAGCACUCGGCGGUUUGAUCGAAGUUAUCAACUCUGAGGUGUACUUUGUGCAUCAAUCAGUCAAAGACUUUCUUCUCUACGAUUUCAUCGAUAAGCGUCAAGAUGGCAGCAGAGAGCAUGCUUCGCCACAGCUUCUCAACUUUCACCGGGACUCUCUGAUAAGUUGCAUUGACUACUUGGGGGCCGUUGAGAGCAACGAGUACACAGCCUUGCCCACGGUAGAAGUCAAAGCUCUGAGUCUACGAUGGCCAUUCCUAUCUUAUGCAGCAACCUACUGGCAUUCCCAUCUGGAAUUGAGCAAUCUUCAGGCAAUCGCACAACGCUCUUUGAACAGACUUAGCAGUCCAGAGUCGCUGAUUUUCAAACUAUGGUUUGAGAUAUGGAAAUAUCAUCAGAGUCGCGGAGGGUCAGGCCAGCGAGGCCUUCCUGAACGUCCCACGAAAGUCAUUGUAUGGUGCCUUCUGGGCAACAAGGCACAGGUCAGCCAUUCACUCAAUGAGCGAUCUAUGAUGGCAAAUGGUAGAUCCCGAUCGGACAACCAAUGGACACCGUUGAUGGCUGCAGCCUGGAGUGGUCACAAUGAGAUCGUCACACUGUUGCUAAGCCGACCGGAGGUCCGAGAUAGUCGGCCUCAGCAAAAGGCAGAAGCUCUCAUAUACGCGAUCGAACGAGGCCACACAGCAGUCGCUCAGUCGCUGACGGCAUUCUUUGCCAAUCCAGCUGCUGGGCCUCGUGUCCUAAACACUGUUGUUAACCACGAAACCGCUCUGUCGGCAGCAAUCGUUAGCUACGACCUCUGUUUAGCGCAGUUGUUGCUAGACCUUGGAGCAGAUCCCAUGCUGCAUCUUGACAGACGGGUACAUAGGCAACGACGAUGCGGUGUCCGCAACUCGCUUCAUUAUGCCAUUUACUCGGGGGUGGUAGAGCCUCUAAGCCUUCUGUUGGAUUCACUUCCAGAGAGCGAACGGCAACAUCAGUAUCGUGAGCUGCUACCAAUCGCAUCAUGCAGAGGUGCUACCUCCUCGAUCCAGUAUCUUGUCAGAAAUGCCGAUAUUCCUCAGCUUCAUGAGGGGACUACGGCUCUCCAGUUGGCAGCACGUUUUGGUCAUGCAGAUGUAGUCGACAUCCUUCUGAACCAUGGCGCUCCUAUGCAUCAUGAGGAUAAAACCGUGGUGUACACCAUUUUCCAGUUUGCAUGCCACUUUGAUAAGACUCAAGCAGCUCGACUCAUGCAGCAUUCAAGUGCUCAGUGGGUAGAAGGUGCAUUUUUUCAUGCUUGUCAAUCGGUUUCAGCGCCCACAGUCAAACACCUGCUUAGCUCUGGCGUUUCCGCUCGUGUUGCUAAAGAAGGGAUACCAGCACUCCAGUGGGUUCUGAUUGACGGGGAAUCAUUUCCCGGCAUCGGUUUUGGAAAGCCAGCACACGAGGAAUCCAGAAUCGAGGUGCUCAAGCUACUGCUGGACGCAGGAUCUGAUGUGAACAAGACAGACGGUUCCGGUCAAACAUCCCUCCACCUCGCAGCCAAUAGAGGCGAGAAGCAGAUCACUGCUUUUCUCAUAUCGCGGGGAGUCGACGUCAAUUUGAGAGACCGACAUGGAAAUACAGCAUUGGAUAUCGCGGCAUCGAGCGGUGACACGCAUUGGAUACACUCCUUUAUCCUCGCUGGAUCCGAAAUUUCAAGCAGAACAUGGAAAAGUGUCCUAGCCAGUGCUGAUGUCGAAGCUGCGUGCUACAUCUUGGACAGCGUCACGAAAACAGCCUCGGCUCUAUGGCCAAGCCAUUCCGGCCACGGAACGUCGUUUACAGGAUUGGACCCGCACCCAUCUGAGGUGUACUUCCAGUUCUUGAACUAUCAUCCUCCUCAACGCUUCACCAAGGCAGCGAACUAUCUACGGUACAUGCACAUCACGGAUUAUGCUAACGUUCGAAUUGAGACGUGCGCUCCGUUGUCCUUGUGGAGCUCAUUCACCAGAUGGUGGGAAGAAUUUACUGGAACAAGGUGGUUGUGGUGGCCCUUACCAGCUCCACUACCUCGGCUGCGACGCGGUGAAACGUAUAUUCACUGGAAAUGCCACGGCUGCCAUGGGAACGUACAUAGCGAUGUGAUACCACAACAAUUGGGUCAGGAAGUGGAGAUGUUGAUCGACUUUCAACGGAGGCUGCUACAAAUUUGGCCUGGCGAGGCGCCACAGUUUCAGCAGGUAGCAAUACCCAGUACGGCAAGUAACGCAUUGCAGCACAACCCCCUGCCUCAUGGCCAAGCAGCCUUGCCUGUCGAGAAUCUCCCACUUGAUCCACGGUCGCAAUCUUCAACAGCACCGAGUGCUGGUGACACGGAGGCUUUUGAACUCCAAGCAUUUCGGGAACAAACGCAUCAUAAUUCCAAUGCGGCUUUCGAGGUCAAAUCCGACACUGAUGAAUCCGAGGAAGAAUCUGAAUCUGAAGACGAUCCUGAUGACGAUCAUCCAAUGCGGAAAGGCCGCUAUGUCCACGUGAAGCCAAGAGGAUUUCCACUGGCUCAUAUUGAUACGGAAGCAACGCCCAGCGAGUGUGAAUUCCUUGAGGCUCUUCACGAAACAUAUAGGGCGCGGCAGUCCUGUUUCCGCCGCUAUUUAUCCAUAUACCGGUUUUCGCAUUGGGGAUUCGACCGGUUCACUUUCUGGCAAGGGAGAUUCUUGAGCCAUUCUGAAGGUUCUGAGAAAGACUGCUAUCUACCUGACGCCCAAGAAAGUCUCGACUAUGACUUCACUCGGGCCGUGGACGAUGGACGGCCUCCUAUUUCCCAUGAGUUCUUUCAUCAAUCAUAUCAUAAUUGCCCAUACAUUUGCCGAAGGAGAGGCUUCAUGCAUCAGGUUUGGUGUAAUUCGAAAGGCGAUGAUGUGGAGGCUAGAGGCACCGGCGCCGAGAACCAUCUGCCCAAGAUCCCCAAGCGGUACGAAAAAUGGGACCCUGAACGAGACCCGGACUGUGCACAGGCCUGCUGGGGCCUCAGCGCCUUUGAACUUCCCAAUAUCAUAGGGUGCAUUCUUUACACAUUUGUGCUCCCCGUAACACUUGCUGUUGUCUUUUGGAUCCUUUGGCUAUCCGACAUGGGCCAUGAAGGGGACCUACAGAAUGCUACGGUCCCACUAUUCAUAUUCCUAGCAUUAUGGGCUGUUCUUUGGACUACAAUUGGCAAGCGUGGGUGGAACAAAAGCACCGCAGGAUAA